AUGUCCUUGCUCGCCAGGCGUUUUGCAGAUCGCAGUUUUAAAGCCUCACGUUUCUCAGAGAGCGCUGCUGCCUGGCUUCUGACCAAUAAACGCCGGAAUACUGUGGAAUGGUGGUACUUCGGCCCGGUCAUAUUGGCUGUAGUUAUGUUCCUUCUGAUGGGCACAAUAUUUGAACGAAAAAUUGAAGCUAUUUAUCGUAGAAUUCUGGAACGCCGUCAAGCGCAACAUCUAGCGCAACAGACAGAGAAUCAAGAAAUACCACUGAGUGGAGACCGGACGACCUCACUGCACACUGUCAAGACCCCGUCCCAGAGGACCCUCGGCAGCUACAGAGCUGGGAGCACAACCACCGAAAUCAACGCACAAUCAAUAGAACUGAAAACUCAAUGUAUACCUUAAUACAUAAGAUCAUUCCGAGAUUAAUGUACAUUUUGGAAGAACAGCCAGAUCCCCAAAUGUACAGAUACCAAGGCAUGGUGACUUGGAUCGUGUUUCUCAACAACAGCCUGAUAGAUUACGAGACGUUCCUGAAGAAUUACUUCAAAAAAUGUGAUGUCAUUGCCAAGAAGUUUAACCAGAUAUCGGGAAAUAUUCCUUCGUUUAAUGAUAACGCGUUCAAUUAACAUGCAGAGUAAACAUUGAUGUCAGGUUCCCUCUACUGUGGUUUAGUGACGACAGAGUACGAUCAAUUCAAAUUUACCUCUCAUAUUUUUUCAAAAAUCAAGAUGAUAUCAUAAAUCUCGUUUUUGUAAUACUUAACGCUCUGUUUUUAUCCGUUUACAAACCCAAAUAGAAAAAGGCAUCACAUUUCACCAUUGCAAUGAAAUAAGCAGAACAAAAUAAUUUUAGAAAAACCAUACAGUGUAAUUAUGAAACUAACAAGUUAGGUUUGAAGUUCUACAUUCAUCUGAACU